CCUAUGUCCAACUCUGUAGAGAUCACACACGUUUUCAAACAUCACUGGCGAGACGUGUUCCUCGCUAGCUGGAAAAAGUAUCCCAAUCCAAAGUGUCCUGAAAUACUCAGCGUGGAUCUGGUGAACAAGGAAAUUGAUCCUGUUACCGGCUGCCUCACUACGACCAGGGUCUUGGUCUAUGAGAGCGCGGUUCCAAUUUGGGUUCGCCCCCUGUUCAAGCAAACGCCGAUAAUCUUUGUGGAGGAGGCCAGAGUUGACCCUAUCAACAAGAAAAUGGUUCUCAAGGCGCGCAACGUGACUUUUGAUAAAGUCGUGAAGACAGAAGAGACGUGCAUUUACACGCCGAAUGCCGAGAAUCCUAAUUGGACGAAUUUGCAUCAAACAGCGAAAUUUGAGUCGGCGGUCAGCGGCGUCGCCUCGAUCAUCGAGAACGUAUUAUUGAGCAAAUUUAGCUACAACGCCUCGAAGGGCCGGCAAAUCAUGGAGUCGGCGAUUCAGGCCGUGGAGAGCGAGAUGCCCGCGUUCUCAAACUUCGAGUAA